CGAGAAAUCUGUGGGGUUCUAUGGGAAAAAGUGCGGGAAAAUGUCGAGGAGAUGAUCUCAAACAGGAAAGCAGAGCUCUCAGCGAUGUCCCAAGACCUUGACGACCAUCUUGCAGUCAAGGCAGGGAAUGAAAGCACCGAACAGAAAUCCGAGCUGCUCUCCAUCGUCCAAGAUGUGCUCGAGGCAAAGGCAUUGGAAUCGGAUUCUAAACGACCUGUGGAUCUCGGGAAAACGAUCGCAAUGUCAGACGUGUCUGGAUCCAUGAGCGGCACCCCGAUGUUCGUCUCUAUCGCCCUUGGAAUCCUCUGCUCCGAAGUAUCCCACCCAGCGUAUAGGGACCUCGUCCUGACCUUCUCUGAGAGGCCUUCAUGGCACAAGCUGCAAGGCUGCACCAACAUAGUCGACAAAGUGAAGUCACUGAUGCGAGCAGACUGGGGUGGCAACACGGAUGUGUACAAGGCCAUGAAACUCAUCCUGGAGCUGGUCCGCAGCAAGGGUCUCCAGCCCGACGAGAUCCCCAACUUGCUCAUCAUCUCAGACAUGCAGUUCGAUGAAGCGGCGGGACAGGACCCCAAG